GAAGCCCCACAGCCCUGCCCAGGCAGAGCCUUCCAGCCCAGGCUCCUGGGUGAGAAGGCGCUGAACGGAGCCAACCAAGAGCCCAGUGCUGGCCCCGCCCCUGGCUCUCCCACGCUGGACAUCGACCAGUCCAUCGAGCAGCUCAACAGGCUCAUCCUGGAGCUGGACCCCACCUUCGAGCCCAUCCCCACCCACAUGAGCUCCCUGGGAGGCCGAGCCAACAGCUCCGCGGGGCCUGACAGCACGGGAGGAGGCCUUCGGGCCAGCGGCAAGCUGCCCGGCCCAGUGGAGAGCCCCAGCAGGAGCCCCUCCAGGCAUCCAGACCCCUCCAGCGACGAGCCCCUAGGCGGAAGGCUCCGGAAGAUGAGCCUGGGACAGUACGAUAACGAUGCCGGGGCCCAGCUGUCCUUCUCCAAGUGUGCCUGGGCGACGGCUGGCGUGGAAUUAGGCCCUGGCCUGGCGCCUUUCCCCUCUUCAGGGGACACCAACGAGACGGUGAUCACUGCAUAUCCCUCAGACCUCCACGUGAUUGGUGGCAGGAUGCUGAACAGCAAGGAGCCUGUGUGUUCGACACCAGCAUUUCCUGUGUCUCCAGAGACUCCGUUUGUGAAGACACCGCCCUACCACCCUGCGUUCAGCCUGCCCGAGGCCUCGCUGAGCAGCCCGGCUGGCGUGCCCAGAGUCCUCCGAGAUCCACGCGGCUGCUCCGAGGUCCCCAGCCACGCCGCGGGAAUGUCCGAGAGUCCCCUGGCACCCAAAGGCCCGAUGCUCCAGGCCGACGUGGCCGGGACGCCCACCUUCCCGCAGGCCUUCGCGGCUUCCUGCUCCAUCUCCGGCAACGGUCUUGGCCAGCACCAAGAGAGCCUGCCCCCCGCAGAGCGCCAGUGGCUGGAGAGCAGCCCCAAGUCCACUCUGGCCCUUUGGGGCAGCGGCCGGCCCUCCGGAAGUCCCCUUGGUGCUAGCGAGCUCUUAGGCCCAGGCACGGAUGCCCCGGGGCCACCCUGCUUCCCGGCCUCGGACCUGCAGGCCUCUUUGCACAGCCGUGAGCUGUCCCUGGCGGAACCGCCGGUCACUCUGUCCGCACCUGGCAGCCAGGCCUUCCUGGGGGUCAGUGCCGCGGCCCCCGUGGGAGGUGGCCUUGUGCCUGGUGAGGACCCGGGUGCCUUGCUGCCCGGCACCCAUGGUGCAGCCCCAGCCCCCAGCGGUGCCCUGACCAUGCCAGCUGCCGCCAACAACGGCUUCUUGUCCCACAACUUCCUGACCGUUGGGCACGGACACAGCGGCCGCCACAGCCCCGGCUUGCAGGGCCAGGGGGGAUCCCUGCCCGGGCAGCCUCCCCUGCCCGAGAAGAAACGGGCCUCGGAGGGGGACCGGUCCCUGGGCUCUGUGUCCCCCUCGUCCAGCGGCUUCUCCAGCCCACACAGUGGCAGCACCAUCAGUAUCCCCUUCCCCAGCGCCCUGCCUGACUUCUCCAGGCCCGCAGAGGCCGCCUCACCCCUGCCAGAUAGUCCGAGCGACAAACUAGUGAGCGUCAAAUUUGUUCAGGACACUUCCAAGUUCUGGUACAAGCCGGAUAUUUCGAGAGACCAAGCCAUCGCCAUGUUGAAAGACAAAGAACCCGGGUCCUUUGUUGUACGGGACAGCCACUCCUUCCGGGGUGCCUAUGGCCUGGCCAUGAAGGUUGCCACCCCUCCUCCUUCUGUCCUGCAGCUGAACAAGAAAGGAGAUCUGUCCAAUGAGCUUGUCCGGCACUUCCUCAUUGAGUGCACCCCGAAGGGCGUCCGGUUGAAAGGGUGCUCCAACGAACCGUACUUUGGGAGCCUGACGGCCUUGGUGUGCCAGCACUCCAUCACGCCCCUGGCCUUGCCCUGCAAGCUGCUCAUUCCGGAGAAAGAUCCGCUGGAAGAAACGGCAGAGCCCUCUCCCCACACGGCUGCCAACUCUGCUGCCGAGCUGCUGAAGCAGGGUGCAGCCUGCAACGUGUGGUACCUGAACUCCGUGGAGAUGGAAUCGCUGACUGGCCACCAGGCGGUGCAGAAGGCGCUGAGCCUGACGCUGCUGCAGGAGCCGCCACCUCUGUCCACCGUGGUCCACUUCAAGGUGUCAGCCCAGGGCAUCACGCUGACAGACAAUCAGAGGAAGCUCUUCUUCCGGAGGCAUUACCCUGUGAGCAGCGUGAUUUUCUGUGCCUUGGACCCUGAGGACAGGAAGUGGAUCAAAGACGGCCCCUCCUGCCGGGUCUUCGGGUUUGUGGCCCGGAAGCAGGGCAGCGCCACCGACAACGUGUGCCACCUGUUCGCCGAGCAUGACCCCGAGCAGCCCGCCAGCGCCAUUGUGAAUUUCGUGUCCAAGGUCAUGAUCGGCUCCCCCAGGAGGGGCUGAGGCCCACUCCUGGUGGGCAGUGUCCCUGCGGCUGGGCGCACCAGGCUGUGCACCGGGCCCAGCCCUGAUCCCCCAGGGGAGGGACAGAGCAGCCCUGCACACUUGCACCGGAGGGCGCUGAGGAGCAUGGUGCCUUCUUCUGCAGAAGCAGCCCCAGCCUGCAUCACCCGGCCAGCCACUCGCCUGCCCUGUGGCACGGACGGCACAGGAAGGGGGCCCUGACUGACAGGUGUGUGCGGGUCAGGUCCCUCUGGAUGCAGUGAUGACAUGAACGUGAGCACAGUGGUGUGGGCUGUUAGGACCGGGGCAGUGGCAGCCUUUUUGUGUCCUGGAGGAGCAUGGGAUGGCAGAGGCUCCCUCUGCACAUGUCAUGGUUCUGUGCUCCCACUCACAUUACACAAGCCAGGCUGGGGCAGUACCCAGGAGGACCCUGAGAGGAUAAAGGAGAAGAUGGAAGCAAAAACUGCCCUCUCUAUGUAAUUUAUAUUUUACAUAAUGCCAAAUUAUUUAUAACCUUUGCUAUAGCUGUACUGUCCCAGUGUUGAAUGCUGCAGUAGCCCUGCGGUGGUCUGUGGGGUCCCCAAAGUGCAGGGUGCCUUGCCCCGCCCAGCUCACUGCCCAUGUCUUCCCGCUGGGGAGGGUGGGGAACCGGACCCCUGCCCAGGCCCGGUGAGGACAGGACAAGGAGUGGAGCGGCCCAUCGGGCGGCCGAAAGCGAAGCCUGGUGCCUUCCCGCUCUGCUUGUCCGAGGCCCGGAGGCCAGGCCUCCGAUCCAGGAAGCGCAGUUGCCUCGCAGCCCCCCCACCCGGGGUGC